AUUUAAAUCUGUUAUUAUUUUAAUUUGAUUUGUAGUUGUAUUUUUAAUUAGGAUCACCAUGAGAGGAAAAUGUAUAUCCGUUUACGAUGUUAUUGUUAAUUUUACAUCACUGUUGACUUUUAUGUUGGAUUGUGGAACUGACAUCCUGGUGACUGUGAAUUUGUUUGAGAAAGGCCAUGUGGUCUGGGGCUCACUGACAGCUGGUUUUGUGAUUGGUCCACUCAUCUUGAUUCAGAUCUUCAGCUUGAAGUGGCACCUCACCGACGGCUCCCUGUCCUGCUGUACAGCCAUCCCACACCUCGUCCUGCUAGCACCUGUACAGAGAUACCUGAGAGUAAUACGUUUGGCACUGAGAGCUCGUCAGAAUAAACCUCAGAAGUUUGAGGAUGUGGAGCGUGUGUACCGGGAGCAGAAUGACGUGUGUAUUCUGCGACUCAUCGAAUCCUUCCUGGAGUCUGCGCCACAACUUGUCCUGCAGCUGUACAUUAUCCUGUUACACAGAGAUAUCUCGUGGUUGAUAGGUUUGUCUCUCGUGUGUUCCCUGGUGUCGCUGGCCUGGGCACUGACUGCUUACACCGACGGCCUCCGACUGGCAUACCGAGACUUGUACCGGCGGAACUUCCUCACACUGGCUGUACACUUUCUGUGGCAGGCGUCCAUCACUGGAGCUCGAGUCUUUGCAUUUGUCAUUUUCGCCACAGUCUUCAAAGCUUGGGUAUUCCUUGCAGCAGGUAUCCACUGGGUAGGGAUGACGUUGUGGAUUGCGUCAAAAGGGACAGAUUUUGGGGACGGGCAGUGUGAGAGGAAUCUCUUCCAGAUGGUGUCUGGACUGAUCUACAUCUUCUGCUUCCUCAACCUCCGUGAGGGGCAGACGCGCUAUCGUCUGCUCACCUACUACGCUGUGAUGCUGGCGGAAAACAUUCUCUUUGUCGUUCUGUGGUUCACCUACAAGAAUAUGACCAGCCCCCAGUUGGACAUCAUUGUUCCUGCAGUUGUAUUUGGUGGAUAUAUACUUGGCUUGUUGUGUUUAAUGGUGUAUUACAGAUUCCUUCAUCCAAGUGGUUCCAUCUCACUUCAAGUACCUGCAUACGAGAAACCACAAAUGCCAAGAAUGGUUCUUAACAAUCAGACUGAACCCAAAGUAUUGAACACUUCUGUGUUUGAUUUCUCCAACAUUUCCCACUUCUCUGCAUCAGGGAGCCUCCCCAAUGUCAUUGAACUAAGCACCGAUUUCAGCACUCCCCCGAGAUCAGCAAGCCAGAGAUCGUCUGUGGUUGUGUACUCUAAGGAAGCUCUUGAAGAAGCCUGGGAAGAAGGAUUCUCCCGAAGACACAGCUCUGGAUCGUCGGACAGUUCCACAGACUUCUUAGAUGCAGACAAUAAUAAACACAUGACUGAUGGAAAACAUGGUUUUUCACAAUCUUAUGGAAAUCUUGCAAACAGCGCCAAUGUUGAAAGGCUUCUAAAAUUCUCAAACUCUUAUUCCAGUUUCCGCUGUGAUCAGCCAGACCGUGUUGAUGAGAAAUGGGGGCAUCGUCAAGAAGCUUCGUCCAGAGGUUACAAUUCUACUCUGGGUGAAGUGAUGUCCGGGAGAGUGAUCCGGGAAAACCAAAGAAGUGAUUCAAGCAGGCGAAAGGUUAUUUUGUCGCCUGAUGGUCGGGUUGGAUUUGAAUGCACACCACAGAGACAUUCGUCUUCUCCACAUCCAGUCAAUCUGUCACCUCUGGAUGCAUCGAAGCUCUGGGCAGAAUCUCAGCUGAGAACAGAAUCGCACUUCACUGUGGACCAGGAAGACAUGCAGCAGUACAGCCAGGUGGAAAUGAGAAUUGUCUCGGUGCACGUCGACAGCUUUUCUCCCAUGGAGAUGUUACUGAACUACGAUGCCAGUUCCGUACACAGUCGGUCCUCAUCACAAGUACAACUACAGUCAAGUUUAACACAGAGGAGAAGUUCUACUGGAACAGAUGGCAUUGACUGUUCAGCAUUUGACACCUCACAGUCGGAGAGGAAUGAAUACUGUAGGCGAGACAUGCCUAACAAGAGUCCGAUUCCCGAUCUGCUGCACUUGCCUGUGGAUGGACGGCCAUCUGCUACAUACAGGGAUGAAGACAGCAGAGCUGAGGUUUCUAAGCAAGAAUCCAGAGGGUCCUCUUUCUCUCUGACAGAUUUUUUGGAAAAAAGUUACACAAAAUCUUUGAAGAAUAGAUCCUCCUCUGGUGACUAUGAAGAGAUCUGGGACACAGCUCCUUCACAGACAGACCCCUACUCGGAGUCUAAGAACAUGACUGGUAAUAAUAGCCACAAGACAAGUCCACUGCAAUAUGCUCAUGUUAAAGAUUAUGCAGAUAACCUUGGCCAUAUAUCACCCAGGGAUGCCCAAAGUUCCAUGUCAACAUCAAAUUGGAGAUCACCAGAAAGAAUGAAUCAUACGAGUCCCCAUGUGCAUCAAGUGACCAUUCAGAGUAGUCCUCUGAUGACUCCAGGAAAAAGCAGUAACUGUAGCAUGACUGAAAGAUCACCAGCUGAAAGAAAUAAUCCUUGUGUGCACGAGAGCCCUGCUGAAAGGAUAAGUCCAUGGCAGACAUCUAAACCACUGAGAAGAUCUUUGACAUCCGGUUGUCUUGAUGUCAGCCGAGAUUCAGAACUAUCAUCCCGCUUAUCUUUUACUGCUGACACGCUUCUGGAUCCAUUAAAACGAGUUCCAGACACCCCGUGGAGGCUAGACUACCUUAACCUUGAACCACGACAAGCUGUUCUGCAUAACACUGACAGAGAGUAUGCUCACAGUAUCAGACAGUACCUAAGCAGUGUCCCAUUAAAAAACUCUGCCAUGAAACGGGUGCUGACUCCUCUUAAGCUAAAGAAUUUGACGGAUUCUCCUUCACGGUUUGGAAGAAGUGUUGACCUCUUCCACUCAUCUGACAAAGUAUCAAUGUAUCCCGGUAAAAACUCUGACCUCUUUAGAUCUGACAAUGCCACAAAUCUCAAGAAAAAUCAGACAACCAGUAAUUUCAUUCAAGCAGAAAAUCUUAACCUGCCUAGACUCUGCAAUUCUCCAUACAGAUUUAGAAGACACGAGUAUGAAGACAGUAUUGAAUCAGAAAUGCCAGCAAACAACAAUUGUCAGUCGGGGAUCCCACAGAAAAGUAGAGACAUGCGUGCAUCUCAUGCUGCCAGUUCAACAGAGAAAAGCUAUCAUCAUUCUAGUGGUAAGUCAAACCAAGAUAAUGGGUCAAGAGAGGCAAAACCUAAAUCUUCUCCAAACCAGAGAAACCAGUCAUUUGAUGAUGAAAAGAUGUAUACCAGUGCUGUGCAACGACAGUCACAUUCCGUGAUGAGCAAACACAAGCGACCAGAGAGUGGCCGAAUACUCCAUCAACACAACCGACACAGAAGGAGAUCGGCUGAAAGAGAAAAUACAAACCACUUUUCCAUAUCAUCCGACAGCAGAAGACAUCGACAAAGCUACUCAUUGUCGCUGGAUCAGAAGAAUCUCCAUCAAGAAAAUAACGAGAAUGCUUACAGUCAUAGAAACAGUUCAUAUGAAAUACGAUCAAGAAAAGACUACGAAAGAAAAGGAGAAUUUCUCUUCACAGAAAUCAAGCACUCAUUAAAAAAUGAUUCCAGCAUUCGAUAUACAAGACAUCCUUUCCAGCCCAUUGAAAAUUCACCAAAAUUUUGCAACAUGAAUGUAACGAGAUAAACAAUUUGAAUCAGUUUUAUACAGCAACAUAUUUUAGCAGUAAUCAUUUAUUACCGAGACAAACAUUUGUAUUUUUUGUAUUAUUUGCUAGUUUUCUAGUGUCACUUUAGCACUUUAUAUUGCAUCGUUAAUGAUUUUUUUGAUUUUAUCAGUAUUUUUUGUUUUAUUACUUUUAUUUGCAGUACAUGUAUUAUGCUAUGUGGUAGAUCAAGGUGUAUUUUAUGUGUAUACUAUUAAUGCUAAUAGAUUAGCUUUAGUAAGUUGUAUUUUAAUUCAUGUUUGAUUGUUUUUCUUCCAUCAUAUAUUUCUAUCCAUGCAUUCUUCUAGCCAUGCACAUCACCUCACUGAAAUCCAGUUUAUACUCCAUAGUAGUUAUUGACUAUGCCCCUGAGUAAAACAAUUUCCACUGUCAUAAGCAUUAUUUCUUGUAGAAGAUUUAUAAAGUUUUUCUUGAUAUCUCUUAGCAAGUUUGUUGCUGUAAUUAUUACUUCAUCCUGAUAUUGAUAUGUUACUCCUAAAUCUUUGUGUCUAGUACGUUGGCAUAACAAUAUAUUCAGUUACCUGGUACAUGGAACAAAACAUUCAUUGAGAAUCCAAUAAAGUAAUUUUGUUUAAAAAUAAAUGUCUAUGCAUGCACAUGUAGCCACAAUCUAAAAUACAUAAUAAUUAUGGGUAUGUUUGCUAAAUGGCAAUGUGUUUUAGCAAUGACAAGAUCGCUGAUGAAAUUAAUCAUUAAGUACUUAUUAAUUGUAAUGUUUUCUCAAUUAUGCUACAACACUAGAGCAAUACAUAAUUUUCUGCCAUCUACUUUCUGUCUACACUUAACAAAUCCAUCAUGUUCCUAACAUUUUUAUUUUAAAAAUUUAAUGGCCAUUUACACCAUACUAGUCAUUUACAAGAUGUUUACCAUUUUUAUUUUUUUGUAUACAUUUGACAUCACAUACAUUUUUAGAGAUUUAUUAAUGCAUAUCACAAUUUUUAAUGGGUUCACUAUUUGUUACAAAAUGUUUUUUGAAGGUAUUAUAUUCAUGCAAGCAUGAAUUGAUUUUAUUGUCAAUAUACAUACCGGUAAGAUUACUCGGUUUUGGUAUUUGUUUGAUUUUGACUUCAAAUAAUGUUUUAUAAUGUUAUAUUGGUAAUAUGCUUGGUUUGAAAUGUUGACAUAUACAUAUCUGCAGAUUUUAAUAAUUUUGGUUCUAAUAUCAAAUUACCAAUAUUAUCAUUUGUAACCUGUUAUUUCCAUAAUUACUACACAAUAGAGAUUAACAUCUUUAAAUAACAGUCUUGAUAAUAUUGUGCAUCCACUGUCACAAAAGUAAUUUCAAAGUGUGAGUUUAGGUGAGAUAAUUGUAUGCUGCUAAUCAUUACAUCUGUUGAGAGUUUUUACAAAACAUGAAAGUAUGUGAACUCAUACUGUAUGGAAUUUGCUUUCAUAAAAACAUGUUACAUUGUUAGUGCAUGUGACUGCUAUUCGACAUUCUUAAAUAUUACAAUAAAAAUUAACUAUGAAACAAGUUAUCACAAAGUUAUUGUUUGUCACCCGUGACAGAAUAAAUUAAAACCAACCGUUCGGUCUGCUGUUACUGGUUGUAAUCUCUCCUAGCGUUGAGGUCUUAAAGUUAGUUAGUUUUGUUUAACAACACCACUAGAGCACAUUGAUUUAUUAAUCAUCGGCUAUUGGAUGUCAGACAUUUGGUAAUUUUGACUCAGUCUUCAGAGAAAACCCAAAUUUUUUCAUCAGCAGCAAGGGAUAUUUUAUAUGCAUUUACCCACAGAAAAGACAGCACAUACCACAACCUUCAAUAUACCAGUCGUAGGGCACUGGUUGGGAUGAGGGAAACCCAAUUAAAGAAAUGGGUUCACCGAGGUUUGAUCCUGCAACAAAAGCACCUCAGGCAAGCAAUCUGCCGACUGAGCUAGAUCCCAUCCUUGUUGAGGUCUUAAAACCAGAGUAUUUCACUAUGAAAUAAAGAAAUUUUCCAGUCUUUAAAAUAUUGAUCUUUAUCAUCCAUUAAAGGCUUUUGUAGAUUAUAUCGCUGGCACUAUAAUUUGCGAUAUCUCCUGUGAUAUUCUCCAAGGAGAUAUCGCUUCUUAUAAUAUUGAUUGGUUAAAUUUUAAUCACAAGACAUUUUGUUACUUCACUGUACAUUUCAGUGCUAAACCAAUCAUUAGUGAUGUCACGCCACUGUCGUUCUGCUAUUUAACGAGUCUACCACUGCCAAAUAUAGUGACAUUCAACCCACAUUACUGACAUUGUUUACAAUUGUCGCAAAUGAAAAGAAUGAUAAUGGAUGAUAAAAAGUAUACCCCCCUUGUGUCCUUGAAUAUCAUAAUUUAUCAGCACUCAUUGAUAAAAGUAUAAAAAUCCUUGGCAAGCCACAGACUUUAUACUUUUAUCAACUCAUGCUGAUAAAUUAUGAUAUCACAAGACACUUGGGGAGUAUCCUCCAUUUAUAUGAGAUGGUCUUAGAACCAUUGUGGUUGUUACUAGUCACGAGGGGUUUUACUGUAUUAUGGUCUUUGAUAUGUUAACAUUGUGAUGUAUUUGUAAGACAAAUGAAAUCUGCAUAUGACAUUUAUUUGUAUGAUGAAAUCAUGUAGGAUAUAAUCAACCCCAAUGGCAAUUUGAUAUUCAUGUUGCAAGGGACUGGACCAUUGUUCGACAAUUGAAUAUCUCAAUGUAAGAGUAUAGCAAUUUUAACUUAAUGUUUCAUUUAUGAUGCUUUUCCUCUAGCUUUUGGUUGUAGACCUGUAUGCAUACAUGUGUAAAUAUAAUACCAUACUAGCAUUUGAUGCUAUUGCUUUGUACGUUUGGUAAGAUGCAUUUUUAUAAUAUAUUUUAAUUGUUUAUGUCAUCAUUAUGGUAUACCAACAGACAGAAUUUCAGAAGUAAACAAGUGAGGUGUAUGCAUCAGGCACCAACUAGCAUUUUAUAUUGCUACUCAUCACCAUCCAACUUAAAAUCCAUAGAUAGUUUAUAGAAUAUAAAAUUGUAUUGUCUUUGGAAUUAAAAAAAAUCUAUGACAAAAAGCAGUACAUGUAUUUUCAUUCAAAUAAUAGUUAUAAUGAUAAAUAAAAUUAAAAAUUCCA